CUGAGUUGGGCUGCAAGUGUGCGCUGUUCUGCACUAGGGACUUUGGGUAGCUGCGCGUUUGUGUGUGUGUGUGUGUGUGUGUAUGUGUGUGUUUGUGUGUCUGUGUGUGCGUGCGUGUGUGCGCGCGCGCGUUGAACUGAGCUUUUCCACACUCCGUGGUCCAUAGAUUCGCUGGAAACUCAUUUGGAUUCGGAUCUUAAAACUAUGCCACCGUAUUCCAGGGCAGAAGUGGAGACGGAUCAGGCAAAGGAAACGGGUUUGGAGUUCAUUUUGUCCGGAUUGUUUGCAUCUGUCAUUUCGUGCAGAAGUGCGUUUUUACACACAGGUCCAUGAGAGGAGCGCGAGCAGGGCGCAGAAAAGAUGGCAAGAGGUGGUGGAAUCAGCAGGAUCCCAUUACAACAUCUGCCCAGUGUCACCUGACCUACUGGAAGGUGAUUUUCCUAAUGAGUGUCUGUCUGCUGGAGAUUGUGGCUGGGGAAAGACAUGCAGAGAAGAGGGAAGACUCACACUCUACCACACUAAUGGCCCAAAGAGAGCAGAGACGACCUUCAUGGGCUGCACUCUACGAUCCAUCCUUGGCAGAGGAAGGAGAAGAAUACAGGGCCAGAUGGCAUCGGUCUCUAGCAGACGUUUCUGUGGCUUUUCGAAAAUCCCGCAAAGAGCGCAAGAACCGAAAACGGCAGCGAGAAAAUCUGAACCAGGACUGUCACCUUGAGAAGAAACAGAUGCGUGUGCGCGACCUGGGCUUGGGCUAUGAUUCAGACGAAAUUGUGCUCUUUAAGUAUUGUGUAGGGACAUGCAUGAGCUCACGGAGGAAUUAUGACUUGGCGCUUAAAAUUCUAACUGAGAACGGCAGCAUCAUGGGCCGUGAUGUGAGCACUCAUCCGUGCUGUAGGCCAACGCGCUUUGAGGCUGUGUCUUUCAUGGACACCCGAACAAACUGGCAAACCAUCCGGUGGCUUUCAGCAGCCAACUGCAGCUGUGUGGGGUGAGAGGAGGAGAGAGAGCAGCUUGGUGAAAAUGAGAAAUAAGUAAAAACAUUCAGCUUGGGGAUGGACGAAGACAAGGAUUUGUUGAAGUUGUAUCUAUUCUGGCACCUCAGAUGGAGAACUCAACUGGCUGUUCUAUGAGGAGCAACGUGACAGAUGCAAAUGUUGCAGCUGUUGUGUCAUGAAUGGGGUGGAACAGCAGCAGAAAAGAUUAAUAAAGGGGCAAGCGAUUGUGCUUUCCUGUCACAGAGAGUGGAGAGGAUGCUCCUCUGAUGCUGUAGGGAACAGGAACUGGUUCAUAUGAGAAGGAAACUGAGAAUGCAUUAUGAAAAGCAUCAUUUAUCAAGAAAUGAUUUAAAAAAAACUGUUCACAUUAACAUAGAGAAUGAUCCUUGGACUCAUCUCGCUAGGAGCCAGGAACUUCUUUGUAGCCAAACCCUGAAGGAUCCAUCGGCACUUCUACACUGUAGAAGUGCAGAACUGAUAUGUCACACACACACACACACAAUAUUACAUGUCACCUUCCCUUCAUAAAGGAACAUCCUCUGUCAUUAAGUUAUCGAACCCCACUUGGGUGUGUGUAGUAUUCAUUAGACAUGUGCCGAUUUUAAAUAUUCAUUAUGAUAUGAAAUAUUUAUUGUGAUAAUUGCAUAACCUUCUUAUCCUGGAACAUUACAGUGUAUUAUAUAAUCCAAUAAGAACUUAUUAUAUUCUGUCCAAAAUCAGGAACCUUGGAAGACAGUUCUAUCAUGCCAGCGUAUGCAACACAAUAUAUGCUAUAUAAGCAUGUUAUAUUACUGUGCAGUUUACACAAGGUGCAGAGUCCAGCUUCUUGCACUCUCUAGAAGACACAUGCAGCCUCUCCUACACCUCAGCCCAGGAUGCACAUCAGCAUAGGCUCACGUAUUGCUACAUUAGCAACUAUUUUACAAUAGGGAGCUUUUUUUUUUUUUUUAAUAAUAAUUUUUUAAAGGUCAGUCUUGAUUCUGGUGAAUUUAUGACAUUUAUGUUGAUGAAGCACCAGUGACAUACUUAUUUCCUUACCUUAUUACCUCAUUGGCUUCUUUGCAUUUUUUUUUCUAUUUUAUUUAAUCACAGCUCUCUUGUUAUUAUAACAGUUUUAUGCCUUCUUUAUACAAAUGUUUGACGACUAUGACUUCAGGUUCAGGUAAACCAUUCAGUGGGCAUUAUAUACAGAAUCUGAGUCUUACAUUUAGCUGCAGGUGAGGUGUUGAGAUAAAGCAUUGCAUGGCCUGAUUAGUUUGCAUGUCUAUAAGCAACAGGUUGUUCAAAUAACUUCAGACAGGAUAUUAUCAUGGCAGAAUGGACAUAAGUGGGCGAGGUUAUUGCCCUUUAGAUGCCUUUUCUUCACAGACUGACAACCAGUUUUCUUUUAAAACUCUGCAUGUAGCCAACAAAGCAUCUCGUCUGUUAGAAGACACAGCGGGGCACGACUGAACAUAAACUGCUUUUGCAAUAAUUGUUGCACAGUUUCUGUCACUUCUAUUAUUCACAGAUCUGUUAUUCCUGGUAGAAGAGGAACUAUGUCUCAUUCAGGACAGUUCUGAGAAACUGCUUAGUUUCUCAGAACUCAUUGAAAGCAUUGCAGUUGAUUUGUGCUUAGCUACUUGACACAGCUUAAAACAGCCAGUCAACAUUCUUUCCUUCUUCCUCCAUGCUCUGAAGUUUGCAUGCAUUCUCUGUGCUUCAGAGGUUGCCUCCAGGUACUCCAGGUUUCCUCCCAUCAGACGUGUUGUUGGCUGACUGGGAUCUAAGAUGUCUGUAGUUUGCAAAUGGGUGCACAGUUGUGCCCAACAAUGUACUAGAACUGCACCCAGGGUCUCCCCUGCCUUGUGCCUCACGUCCAAUUGGAUUAGGCUCCAGGUUCCCUGUGACACUGUGUGCAAUAAGCGGUACAGAAAAUGGAUGGAUGGAUCAAAAUCUAAUAGCAGUCCAACGUUUUGAAACUGCUCCAGUUGUAGUACUGACCUGGUGUGCCCUUAACAUUGAGGGGUCAGUCAUCGACCAGUUUAUGGUUUAAAGCAAGCAUGACAGGAAGGAUUCAUUGAUGAAUGCAAUCCCAACUUCAUUUCAACAGUAUCUGCACAUUGACAGUAUUUUAUAUUCACUGUUCCCUUCAUAUUGGAACGCACAACUAGGCAAAUACUCCUUUUUAUACAGGCCAUGCUUUCUUUCUCUUGAUGUUAAUUUCCAUAUUGUGACACAUUAUUUCUGUAUAAACCAAUUGUAUUUAUAUGAAGGGAAUCCGUAACUAAUGGUGUGAUGAGGUGGUCUAACCAUGCAGGGCUGGAAACAGUCCAACAUAAGAAACACAUCAGAGAUACCCAAGCAACAAUGAAAGAUGGCAGAAUUCUAAUACUGUUUUUAACACACUUGCCUUUGCUCACAGCCACAAUGUUGUGACCUGUUCCAUGGCCUCAGUUUCACAAUUGAAGUUUGUAAGAUGACCUAAGAGGGGUCAGCAUGACUGUAGGUUUCAACUUACAGUAUGUGUGCACUUCCAAAUGCCAGAUCCAUGUAGUGCAUGAUGGUUGUGGCACAAUUCAGUCACAGAAAGUUUCACAAAGCUCAAUUUUAUGUGAAUGAUCAGUUAACCAACCAGGUGAGGGUAUAUAUUUGUUACUAAACAAACAGCAGCUUGGUUAUUAGUUAUUAUUAAUAUUACUACUAGUACAAAACAUAAAGUAUAUGAACUUGCUAUCAGUAAACCUAUAGUUUAAUGCCAUAUUUGAUAGCCUUUUUUAAAACAAGGUAUGUUAAAAACAGUAUUAAAACUUAAAGCGUACAGGUAUAUACGGUCCAUAAAAAGAAAAGAAACUCAAUUAUCCAUUUCUUUUAUUUGUGUGUGAGCUUUUUUUUUGCAUGCCGAGGGUUAGAAUUUGUUUUGCUUUUUUUUGUUUGUUUUUUUUUUGCAUCACUCCCUCUCAUUUUAAAGGAAUUUAUUUAAUUUCAAUCAUAAUCAUUUAUUUAAUCAUUUAGCUAAGACAUGUCCAAAGUUUGCUCCUUUUGUUUUACACUGGAGUUACAUGGCUAAUGUAGCUGAGUAAAGAAUUUUUUUCCUUAACUGAACACAGAAAGUGAAGUCCAUUUAAAACGUGUCAUGUUUUGGGGGAAAUCUCAUGUGCUCUAAAGAGGAAGAAUACUUUUGUUGAGUCUGGAUCCUGUGAACAUGUAAAGGACGCUGUAUUUGACAUGUUGGUUAUUUUUGGACCGUUCUGAGCACAGCUGAGCAUUGUUUUUUGUUGUUGUUGUUUUUUGUAUCAGAACAGUCUGAAUAAUGGCCUCCUCUUCCCCACUGGAUGCUAUGCAUCCCCGGCUUUAUUUAAGGGAAAGGUUUAUUAGACAUAACUUAUCUAUUUAUCAUUGUAUUCAUAUGUUUCUUCCCAUAAUGAUCGGAUGCUUAUAAUUUAUCAGCUGACUGUUGUAUUUACUACUCAUGUUUCCUUAAGAAUUGUACAUUUUAUAUAUAUAUAUAUAUACAUUAUUAAUGACACAGUUAAAAGGAGCAAUGUAUUCUCAUCAGGUUUCAAGCACCACAAUGCAAAACAAACAAUUCAUCAACAUAUGGUUAAUGCAAUGUAAUUUAUAUUCUAACACAUCAAAACUUAGUUAAAUAUGCAAAGCCAUUAUUAUUAUUAUUAUUAUUAUUAUUAUUUUUAUUAUUAUUGUUAUUCAACUGUGUCUCCAAUUUCACUGUAAAGCGUCACAUAGACUCUAUUUUUGUA